GGUGGCAAGACCUGGGCCCCGGGGUGUUGGCGUCUGCAGCCAGUCAGUGCACUGGCCUGGUCAGGGCUUCCUUUGGUCCCUUCCUCCCCUAGCUGUUUUGUAGCAAAGCUCUGGGGGCAGUUCCAGGCUAAGCCUUGCUCUGCUUUGGUUUCCUGGCCUUGACCGUGAGGCAGGGGCAUCUCUGGGUCUCCCUGCCUCUGGGAGGGCUCGUCAGUCAGCGUUUGAGGAUUCGGAGGGAAGGAGGUCAGAUGAAAGAGGUCCAGAAGACCCUUCCAAGAGUUCUUGAGGUAACAAAGCAGCUGCCUUCCAGGGAAGGAAAAUGAUUACCCGCUCUCAGGUUGCCAAAGGCACAAAGAUUAUGCCUGUGAGAAGAUCUGUCCGCAUCAUGCGGAUGCAGAGGCUGCUGGCCAAGAAGAAGGAGGCCAAAGAAGAGCAUCAGGUGAGAGUCCAGGCCAGGAGGAAGAGAAGAGUUCAGAAGAAGAACACCACCAAUGAGGGAGAAGCCACUGGCAGCGGCAGCACUCCCACUACCCAAGGCCAGGUCCAGACUGGCCCCCGUGUCAAAGUCAGUCACCCAGCCAGGAGUGGCUAUUCCGUCAUGAUCAGCACCUGCACCAGUGCCCACUCCAGUGGCACCAUCGGCCCCCUUGGUCAGACCAGCUCCAGAGGCCGGAGCGUCUCCAGCUUCAUCAGUCAGACUGGCCGCUUUUCCCAGAGUGGCACUGACGUCAGCAACAGCAACUACCUUGGCCCAAGUAACGACGCCGGCUCCAGUGGCAUUCUGAAUGUCAAUAAUGGUGACCUCUGUGACUGCCUGCAGAGGGAAUGUCCUGGCUGCUUCUCGCCAUGCCCCACCUGCUCUUCUCCCAAGUGUGGGACCAUCUGCCGUGUCAACCGGGAGUGGAUCUUCGAGGACUAUGCCUAGGAGCAAGGUUUUAAGAGCAGUCGGGGUUCUCCGGCGACUCCCCUGUGUGUCUCUGUUCUACACACCUUCUGCAGCAGAAAACUGAAGAUGGUGAUGAAGUUCCAGAACAGAAGAAAAUAUGUUGUUCCAGUUAUAGCAGAUAAAAAAAGAAUAAAAAAAUGUUUGUGAAGUGCA